UUUCUAUACUGUAUCGAACAUGAUCCCCUAUAUUAUGGACUACUUAAGAACACAUGUCAACCCGAACCUUUCGGACAAAGACGCAAUAUGGCUGUCUGCUCUAGGAUUCUGUACCCAAGGCUUUUCAAUGCCUGCCGGUGGAUUAAUUGCAAAAAAAGUGGGAUUCAGAAUUGUUGUUGCGAUAAGCUGCAUAUUUUUGAGUGGGAGCGUAUUUGCGACAUAUUUUACAAUCCAGAAAACAUUUGUUGGAGUAGUAAUAACGUAUUCAUUAACAAUGGGCAUAGGAAUGGGUUUUGCUUAUUCCGUAGUAUUUGCGGUUGCAACAACAUGGUUUCCGGAAAAACGUGGACUGAUUGUUGGAAUCAUUGUAAGUGGGUUUGGCCUAGGAGCAUUGGUGUUUUCGCCUAUUCAAACUGCACUGAUCAACCCAGCAAACGUUAAAGUGGAAAAUGUCACUCGCCACUUUACCGACAUGGAAGUCCUUGAUCGGGUGCCAAGAACCCUUUUAAUUUUGGGGGGAAUAUUAUCAGGUAUUCAAGUGAUCGGUUUUAUUCUUCUACGUCCAAGACCCUCUUCAAAACAAACAAGUGUAGUUCAAAAGAUACAAACUUCAAAUGACGUGAACAUCUCACCAAAACAAGUAUUCCGCUGUAUUGACUUUUAUCUAUUGUGGCUCGUAAUGUUCUGCAAUAUAAUUCCUAUUACAACAAUUACUUCAACUUAUAAGCAAUUCGGUCAACAGUACAUUUCAGACGACAGAUUUUUGUCAGCUAUAGUUACAAUUUCAUCUUUAUUUAAUUGCGGAGGUCGUGUGAUGUGGGGUUCUAUCGCCGAUCGAUUUUCGUUUAAAGUGCCUUUAUGUGUCAAACUUGCUAUUUGGUCUGUUGUUCUGAUAACAUUUCCACAUUUGUCAUUAUUUUCGGAAACGGUAAUUAAAAUAUUAUUUCCGAUCUGGGUAUUCGCGUUAUUUACCUUAUUCUGCGGAACACUUGUCCUUAUCCCAAAUGCAACUGGUACAGUUUUUGGGCCGGUCAAUUUAGCUGUGAAUUAUGGUUUAAUAUUUUUAGCAUUUUCUUUUGGAAGUUUCACGUGCGCGAUUUUCACAACAUUUUUAACUCCAGAUGGUGCUUACGUAUUCCAAUAUACUUCCUGUGGAGCCGUCUGCUUAGUGGCUCUGUUUAUAACAUUGUGGAUCGAGGAUAGAAAAACACCGGAGAAAUGUCGAAUCUGUGAAUGCUUCGUUAGACGUUGUUUAAAACUACGAGUGAAACAACCUCCAUGCAGUCCGCAUGAGCUCCAAGCACUACGAUCUUAAUAUGCAAAUCUUAUGAUAUUUAUUACCUGCAGCUUAA